AAUCAGAAAAAUUGUCAACAAUGUCAACGUCAGUUACACGUGGUUCUAAUAGCAAUUCAAUAAUUAAAUUUGUAUUAAAGUUAUAAUAAUGGUUUUAUCUAGUAUUAAAAAGAAAAGAGUUUCAAAAAAAUUGAAAAAAUCCUGGAGAAAACAUGUCAAUAUUAACGAUGUCGAAGAAUUCUUAGAAGAAAAGAGGUUAGAGGAGAGACUAGGGCCACCGAUAGAAACUAUACCAGAUGAAGCACUUUUCAAAUUAGAUACUAAACCGUCAGUAGAGCUGUUGUCUAAAACAGAAAGGCGGAAACUCAAAGCUGUUAAACCGUUAAAAUGUUUUUCCGCCCUACAACCAUAUACAAACGUCCCAGAUCCAAUAGCAAAAAGAAAUCGUGUUCGAACUAAAGAAGAACGAAAAAAUGAAUUGGUAAAGAAAAAGGAAAAAUUUAAUAAAGUUAAAGGAAUAGUUAAACGUAAAAGUAUUGUAGCAGACUUGAAUAGAAAACUAGAUGACAUUAAGAGAAAAAGUAGACCUAAACGGGGGGAGUUCGCCGUUGAUUUAUGGGAAGGAGACAAUCAAAAAGAAGAGGAAUGGGUAGACCUGAAUACAAAAAAUCAUAAUUUGAGAGGCAUUAGUGUACCUGUGAAAAAAACGAUUGGUAGGAAAAAUAAAGAUGUUCCAGCAAUUGAACCACCUCAUCCCGGUAUGUCUUAUAAUCCAAGUUAUGAAGACCACCAAGAGUUAUUACAGCAGGUGGCAGAAAAAGAGAAGAAACUAAUGAAAGAAGAAGAACACUUAAGAAGGGUUACAAGUGGCAUGUUUAGCAAAGUAACAGAAACGAAACGCGAACAAGAUUGGUUAGUAGAUAUGUCUCAAGGUUUACCUAGUAAAAAUAACCCACAGUCAGAAAUCGAAGAUAGCGAUUCCGAGUUUAAAUCUCUGAAUCCUGCUGUUAAAAAUGCAAAAAAGACAUUAAAACAAAGAAGAAAGCAAAAAGAACAGAUGAUGUUGGAAAAAGCACGUAAAAUGCUUAAGAGAGAAAAGAAAAAGAUAACAGAUAUCCAUAAUUUACAAGGCUUAGUAAAACAUGUUGAUACAGUCAGUGAAAAGCAGGAAAAAGCUAGAGAAAUUCGUAAAAGUAAAAAAGAGCAAAAUAAAAAGCUAACAGUGUUGAAUGCUAAUAAAUUUGAAGAACCUGACUUAGAAUUCAAUUUGGGACAGGAAAUUAGUGGUAACUUGAAAAAUCUAAAAACUGAGGGUAAUUUAUUGAUGGAUAGGUUCAAAAGUAUGCAAAAGAGAAGCAUUUUGGCUCCAACCAAAAGGCAUACGCAUAAGAAAGCUAAAGUUAAGAAAUAUACUAAACCAGGACAUAAAAGUGAAGAAUGGAAGAGAACUGUUGCGCGUUCUAUACAAACAUAGAGCAUGAUAAAUCUGAUGAUGAACACUGUAAAGUUUCAAGUUGUAUGUUCUUCAAUUUUUUUUAAUAAAUUUAAUUUAAGUUCAA